UCCACAACCUGCUACAAUGGUUAAACGUUCGGCACCAGUUCAGCCUACAGAGUCAUCUAAGGAAAUGGUAGCUCAAUCUUCAGUGCAUUUUGAAGUGACAGCUCUAGUUCAUGAUCAAUCUCAGUAUCCAAGCUCAGAGGCUCCCCAAAAGGCUACAGGUUCUACAGUCCCAACAACUACAUCCUCUCCUGCAGCACACAGUGACGUCACGCUUUCACCUCCAAACCAGGUUCAGACUCAGCAGCCAAAUCCUACUCAGGUCACAACCCAGUCUUCACACACAGAAUCUUCCACAGCUCCACAACCUGCUACAGUGGUGAGCCAUUCUCCACCUGUUACUGAGAUCCCAUCUCAGCAUCCAAAUGCAGACACCAUAGAGCCUGAAGUCCCAACAGCUACAGCUUCUUCAUCAUAUCCUAAGAUGAUACUUCCAUCUCCAGAACAGUUUCAGACUCAGCAAAUCCCAAGUGAAGUCACACUCCAACCCAUGGAUGUGGAGUAUACCAUAACUCCAUAUGCUGCAAUUUUUAACACAGAAAGAAAGCUAAUUAUUAAAAUGAAACAAAAUGCCUCCAUAAGCACCAACCUAUGUGACUUCUGCCUGUGUGAAAAUGGCACACUAUUGUGUGUUCAUCUCAGCCCAAUGCGGAGACUCCACCAAGUGCCUGUGCCAAGGCCCAGCACCUACAGAGGCACUUUAACUAUUUUGAAUUUCCAAGGAAAUUCUAUUUCUUACAUUGACAAAAAUGUAUGGAAGGCAUACCGUUGGACUGAGAAACUAAUUCUCAGUGAAAACCUCCUGACUGAAUUACGCAAGGACUCAUUUGAAGGCCUGCUAUCACUCCAGGUUUUGGAUUUAUCCUGCAAUAAAAUACGCUAUAUUGAAAGAAGGACAUUUGAGUCGUUACCUUUUUUGAAGUAUAUGAACCUUGGGUGCAAUUUACUCACUGAACUGAGCUAUGGAACAUUUCAAGCAUGGCAUGGAAUGCAGUUUUUACAGAAGUUAAUCCUCAGCCAGAACCCUCUGACAGUUGUUGAAGAUCCCUACCUUUAUAAGUUGCCAGCAUUAAAAUAUUUAGACCUGGGGAAAACACAUGUGCCGCUAGCAGCGCUUGAGAACAUCCUCAUGAUGAGCCUGGAGCUGGAGCAUCUAAUCUUACCUAGACAUAUGGCCUGCUGCCUCUGCAAAUAUAAAACUGAUAUUGAGGUUGUCUGCAAGACAGUCAAACUGCAUUGCCAUACUGGAUGUCUGACAAACACCACACAUUGUCUUGGAGCAUCUAUAGGGAACCCCGAAGGAGCAUUCAUGAAGGUGUUGCAGGCCCGGAAGGAGAACACCAGCACUGAGGUCACUAUUGAACCAGAGACGGGCUAUCCAGAAAAAGAUGAUCUUAGCUCUUCAGGCUUCAUGGACGAGCAGCUCGACUUUAACGAUGAAAGUGAUGUGAUUAGUGCCCUGAAUUACAUACUGCCAUAUUUCUCAGAGGGAAAUCUGGAAGAUGUAGUGUCGACAUUGCUACCAUUUAUAAAACUGCUGUUUUCUAAUGUACAAAAUGCAGAUGGUUCACUGGAAUCCUACAAAAAUGAUUCAAGGAGGCUUGCUCUUAACCCUGUACCAAAAACAAGUAAGAUGGCUUACAAAAAUAAACUGAAUAAACUUUAUUUUCUAGAGAAUUUGUUAGAUACAGAGAUUGGUGAGGUUAGAAAGAAAGAGAAAACUGCCAUGCUUAUGCAGCAGUCUGGCCACUUGAGUCCCAAAUUUAAACGACUAAUAUUUGGAAAGAGAUGGGCACCUGCCCAGGCAGAGGAAAACAGUCUCGCAGAGAUUGAGAAGGCAGAGAAAAGACUCCAUAGCCUGAACAGAGUGCUCAAGAGGACAGGAAGCAGACAGAAAAGGCGCUUCAGGGAAGUGAGUGACAAGAGCCUGUGGAAUAAGCAGAGUGUCCAGACACCUGUGGAGAGCAUCACCAAAGACGGGCAGCUCGGGAGCCCACCCACAGCGGAGUUGCAGCAGCUCGGUCUGGUUCAGAAGCCCAGGACGUUAGUGAGAAAUUCCUUCCACCCAGAGCCCUUGCUCCCAAAGGAGCAUGGGGAGGCAGUGUCUUCUUCCCCAGAACAGUUGCUGGUGGACAAGACUCCCACUACAAAAUCGCUGCCUGAGUUCAUAGACAGACGAAAAGACUUGUCUUACACCAUUUUCAUUUUAGAAAGUGCAAACGCCAAUGUGAAAAGAACAGAGGGGUCUAGCCCUAGUUUACUGUCUGAAAAGAGACACAGAAACCUUAGGAAGAAAAACUAUCAUUUCCGGUUGAUUGCAAAGAGUCCAGCAUCCUCUGCAGUGAGGAGCCUGGUAAAUUCCCCUGCAGGAGGGGUCUUUUCAUCUUUAGGAGACCUGAGUUAUGCAGAAAAGCCUUUUGCACAAUUAGAUGCUCCCUUAGAACCUCCUACAGAAAAACUUCUUGAAGAAAAUCAGGCAGCAAUAGAUGAUACUGAAGAAAACAUCCUCAAACCAGCCCUCACUGGGCCUAAAGAAGCUGCAUUAGAAAAUAUUCCCCCUGAGAAUCCUACUGUAGAGUCUAAUGGGCCUACAUCUGAUUUAAUUACAACUGCUCAGCAAACAAGCGAGCCACGGUUAGACUUCAACUUGGGGUCUGACUCCCAUGACCAUUUCAAAGAAUUUGCUUACCCAUUACUGAUGUCACCAGGUGAACGCUUUGAAUCUCAGCUAAACCAGCAGUUGCGGCCCCUCAUCCCCAACAACAACGUGAGAAAGCUUAUUUCUCACGUUAUUAGGACUUUGAAGAUGGAUUGCUCUGAUCCCCGUGUACAACUGUUCUGUGCCAAGCUCAUCUCCAGAACCGGCCUCCUGAUGAAGCGUCUCAGUGAGCAACAAGAAUUCAAGUUGUCCAGGGCCGACUGGGAUACAGACCAGUGGAAAACUGACAACUACAUCAAUGAGAGCACAGAAACCCAAGGCGAACAGAAGGGUCUGGAACAAAGUCAGCACACAAAAGAAGUUCCGGGAUACGGCUACAACAACAAAGUCAUCUUGGCAAUAUCUGUAACUGUAGUAGUGACAGUGUUGAUUAUCAUUUUCUGUCUCGUUGAGGUUUAUUUUCACAGAGCAGCAAGAGAUGGAGAUGAAGAAAAGUCCACAGGGAGUAAGAAAUGCUACAAGGACAGUGAGAGUCAGGAAGGAUUUUUCUGGCUAAGGUGGCCACUAUGGCUUAGGGAUAUGUAUAGACCUCUUCACGACACACGCAAGAAAAACAUGGCUCAGGAUCUACAGGACAAGGAGUCCUCUGGAGAGGAGGAGAUUUUCAAAAAGGAUGUACCAAGGGAGGUCAAGGGGAAAGUGAUGCCGCUGGCCCUGAAACUGUCAGUCGCUGAAGCAGAAGAGAGUGAAGCAGCAGAUGACAUUGAAGGCACAGAAUGAUCUGAUAUCGUUUAUUAAUAAAUUAUUUUUGG